AUGUACAACGUUCGCACCUACAACGCCAUUGCCGCCACCGGUCUGGAUCGCUUUAACACCGACAAAUACAGUGUCGGCGCUGAUAUUACUUCGCCUGACGCAUUGUUGCUGCGCAGCCAUAAGCUGGCAGUAGAUGAACUCAGCGAUGGUUUGUUGGCCAUUGCCCGUGCCGGGGCUGGCGUGAACAAUGUGCCUGUAGAGGCGUGUUCUGAUCGCGGUAUUGUUGUUUUCAACACACCUGGCGCGAACGCCAACUCGGUAAAAGAGCUGGUGCUGACAGCGUUGCUGCUGGCUUCUCGCGAUGUAUACGGUGGCAUCAGCUAUGUACGCUCUCUGGCGUCAGUCACCGAUGAAGUCGAGCUCAAUAAGCUGGUCGAAGCGGAAAAGAAGCGUUUUAAAGGCCGUGAACUGAUUGGCAAAAGCCUCGGCGUAGUGGGUCUGGGUGCCAUCGGCAGCAUGGUUGCACGGGCUGCUUUGGAUCUGGGCAUGCGAGUGCUGGGCUAUGAUCCGGCGCUGUCGGUAGACGCCGCAUGGCGUGUGCCUGCUGAAGUUGAGCGGAUGGAAAAUCUGCCCAGCCUGUUUGCUCAGGCAGAUUACGUCACCCUGCACGUGCCGUUGUUGCCCGCCACCGAAGGCAUGAUCAAUGCUGCAGCUUUGGAGGCAUUCAAACCCGGCAGCGUGCUGCUCAAUUUUGCCCGCCAACCCAUUGUCGAUACCCAGGCUUUGGCGAAAGGCCUGGAGAACGGUCAGAUCGGUCGCUAUGUGGCUGAUUUCCCGGUACCGGGAUUGAUUGACCACGACCGCGUCAUGUUGACCCCACACCUGGGCGCCAGUACCGCUGAAGCGGAAGAAAACUGCGCUGUCAUGGCAGCAGAUCAGCUGAUGCGUUUUCUGGAAACCGGCAGUAUCACUAACUCAGUGAAUUUCCCGCCAGUCAGUCUUGAACGGGUGGACGGUUAUCGCAUCGCGGUGACUAACCGGAAUGUUACCGGCACGCUGGGUAAAAUGACCUCCGUGCUGGCAGAACGUGACAUCAAUGUUAUCGAUCUGAUCAACAAAAGCCGGGACGACGUCGCCUACAACCUGAUCGAUUUAGCCGCGCAACCCGAUCAGGGUUUGAUCAAUGCAAUCAGUGCCAUUGACUCUGUCAUUAAUGUGCGUGUGCUCACCGCAGACAGCUGA